AGCAGCUUGUACAGUGCAGCUAACCUCGAAAAGGUGAAAAGGGAAAAGCGAUGGUCAGCACCAUUUAAUGUUAUUUAGAUUUCUAAGAAGUUUAAUCUUUUUUAGUUUUCUAAUUAGUAUUUAAGGCAUCUUAUUAAGAUUAAACCCUGAACGCUAAGCAUAAUUUUAAUCUUUAAAACGUAAAGAAGCCGCUAGAAAUACUAGAAAUAAGUGAAUAAACAUAUACAAACACACACGCGCACCUCUGCAGGAGAGUGAGAGGCCCCCUCCACCCCCCAACACAAACCCCACGCAAAUUCGCCGACGGUAGUGUAGGUGAGGAAGUGUGUGAGUGUGUAUCCAGCCAGCAUCCAGCCAGUGUGUAGCAGGUACCAGGCCAGCCUCAUCACGACGUAUCCCCCAGGCAACGAGGUGUAUCAGCAACCGGCGCGGGCCCCUGCACGGAACCGCAACAGUGAGGGUAGCAGCAGCAGCCUCGGUGGCAGGAAGAUGCAUCCAUCGAAAAAGAUGAUCCCGGCCGAACUGGAUGAUCAUGAGAAGGGCAAGCUGUUCGUCGGCGGGCUGUCCUGGGAGACGAGCCACGAGAACCUGCAGCGCUACUUCAGCCGGUACGGCGAGGUGAUCGACUGCGUGGUGAUGAAGAACAACGAGACCGGCCGGUCGCGCGGGUUCGGCUUCGUGACGUUUGCCGAUCCGGAGAACGUGGAGCGGGCGCUCGAGAACGGGCCGCACACGCUGGACGGGCGCACGAUCGAUCCGAAGCCGUGCAAUCCGCGCUCGCAGCACAAGCCGAAGCGCACCGGCGGCUACCCGAAGGUGUUCCUCGGCGGGCUGCCGCCCAACAUCACCGAGACGGAUCUGCGCUCGUUCUUCUGCCGGUACGGCACCGUCAUGGAGGUGGUGAUCAUGUACGACCAGGAGAAGAAGAAGUCGCGCGGCUUCGGCUUCCUGUCGUUCGAGAACGAGAGCGCGGUCGAGCGUGCGACGACGGACCACUUCGUGCACAUCAGCGGCAAGCAGGUGGAGGUGAAGAAGGCGGAACCGCGCGACGGCAAUCAGAACAACAGCAACAGCAUGAACACCGACUCGUACCAGUGGGGCUCGCCGCAGGCGCCCCCGAUGGGCAACGGGCAGAUGGGCGGACCGCCGAUCAACAUGCAGUCGAACAUGAUCCAGGGCUACCAGGGCUGGGGCACGUCCCAGCCCCAGCAGGGCUACGGCGGGUACGGGGCCGGUGCGGCCGGCGCCGCCAACGCGUACCAGAGCUGGGGAGCGCCGCCGCCACCGCAGCAGUGGGGCAACUACAAUGCCACGCCGCAGCAAACGCAGGGCUACGGUGGGUACGACAUGUACAACAACUCGGGCGCCGGUAGCGCCGGCGGGUACGGGUCCGGCAACUGGAACUCGUGGAACAUGCCGCCGAACACGGCCGGCUCGGCCGCUGGCUCGACCGCGGACAUGUACACGCGCCCCCAGUCCGGCCCGACCGCCGGUCCGGGCGCCUCGGCCGGCCCGACUAGCGGUGGCCCGUCCAAGCCGGGCUCGGAGUACGGUGGCGGUUCGGCCGCGUACGGUGGUGGUGCGGCUGCUGCGGCGGCUGCCGCUGCCGCCGCUACCGCCGGCUACAACUACUACCAGAGCGACCAGAACACGUACAACAACCGGCCGCGCUCGGUGUACGGUGCCGGCAGUGAUGCGACCUCCCAGCCGCCCUACCAGGCGUUCUAGAUGGGCGAGCGGAUUGACGCUUCCGACGUUGCUGCUGGCCGUUUGGCGGGCAUGGAACGCCCAUCGUUGGCAGCAGGAGGAUACGCGUUUGGUGGGCCCGUUCGCGGAGCAAGCGUCCAAGCGCCACUUCCAGCAGCAGCAGCAUCAGCAGCAGCAUCGGUGCUCAAUCGUGGUCAGCGUUUACUGUAAGGAGGAUCAAUAAGAAAAUAGAGAGCACACACACACACACGCACCCAUUUUUUGGCGUCCUAUAAAUUACACGAAUCGAAUGGAAAGGAACAAAAAGAAAAAAAACGAAAACAGGAAGCAUUAGAAAGCAUCAGCGCAGUGUAACAGCAACAAUAGAAUCAGCAUCAUGUGCAUACACAGCAACAUACAGAUAUAAAAAACACCCUCUGUAAAUCGGUUUAGUAGAGUGGAGUGGAACGGGCCUCAGCGUCGAGCAAGGUGUCGGAAUUCCAUCAGGAUUUUAGCAGAAGUAAGCACCCAUACGGUAGAUAAGAGGAAAACUAAACAAAAAAAAUAUGACGAUCAUGAUGAUGGUGGAACUUUCCGAUGAAUUGUUUCAUAACACACUGGCUGCUUGGGAAACUCACUCAUACAUAUACAACAAGCUAAAAGUGUGGAGGGGGUGGACAGACGUCGUAUUCAUUCAAUUACAAGAUAGAGCAUGGAGUAUAUACAGCAGCAACAAACUCUAUACAUUAUAAAUAAUUAUAUAUACAUAUAACAAGAAGAAAAGAAAACAAAACAAAGGUAAAUUCAUAUAAAGAAGAUGAGGGAUUCUAAUAAGGUGAGCAACAAAAAAAAAAGAAAAGAAAACACAGAAAAACAAAAAAGGAUGCUUAGCAAAGAUUAUAAAAACAAGUAACUCUAGUACUACUAUUAUAAACAACAAGAACAACCACAUCCAUAUUGCAUAUAAAUGUUCGCAAACACAAAACACACACACACACAGAACACACUACAAUCCUCCCCAUAAAAAAAAUGCUGGUGAA